CCAGGGGCGAGUCCGAAGGCCGGUUCGGGGGGUGAAGUUGAGGAGGGGUGGCAAAUAAAGAUUUUUGUUUACUCAGCUGGGGAUUAAACUUCCCUUUUCUCUUCUCACCACCUACGGCCAAACAAAAUGUUCCCCUCCCAAGAAAGCUUGAAGAAGACCUUCUAUAUCCCCUCUCCUGGUGCUGCUGAUGCCGCUGCCCCUACCGGUGCUGCUCUCUAUGCCCGUUUCGCUUUUGCUGGUGCUCUUUGCUGUGCCAUCACUCACGGUGCCAUGACCCCCGUUGAUGUCGUCAAGACCAGAAUUCAGUUGUCUCCUGAAGUCUAUAACAAGGGUAUGAUUGCUGGUUUCCGUCAGGUUGUUCAAGCUGAAGGUGCUGGUGCUUUGUUGACUGGUUUCGGUCCCACUGCUGCUGGUUACUUCUUGCAGGGUGCUUUCAAGUUCGGUGGUUACGAAUUCUGGAAGAAGACCUUCAUUGAUAUGGUUGGUGUUGAGAAGGCCAAGGAGAACCGCACGGCUAUCUACCUCGGUUCUUCUGCCAUCGCCGAAUUCUUCGCCGAUGUUGCUCUUUGCCCCCUGGAAGCUACUCGUAUCCGUUUGGUUUCUCAGCCUACUUUCGCCACUGGUCUCCUCAGCGGUUUCUCCAAGAUUUUGAAGGAAGAAGGUGUCUUGAAGGGCUUCUACUCUGGUUUCGGUCCCAUCUUGUUCAAGCAGGUUCCCUACACCAUGGCCAAGUUCGUUGUCUACGAACUCGCUGCUGAAAAGAUCUACCAGAGCAUUCAGACCCCCAAGGAUCAGCUUACCCCUAGCACUGUCACUUCCGUCAACUUGGGUGCUGGUAUCAUUGCCGGUACUGCUGCUGCCAUCAUUUCUCAGCCUGCUGAUACCUUGUUGUCCAAGAUCAACAAGCAAAAGGGUGUUGAAGGUCAGUCCGUCACCUCCAGACUCGUCACCAUGGCUGGUCAGUUGGGUGUCAAGGGUCUCUUCUUGGGUCUUGGUCCCCGUAUUGUCAUGGUCGCUACUCUUACUGCUGGUCAAUUCGCCAUUUACGGUGAUAUCAAGCGUGUUUUGGGUGCUACUGGUGGUGUUGAAAUCGCCAAAUAAGCGUUCCAUAGACUAUACACAUCAUACAUUCCUGUCCGUUAAUAGUGUGAAUCGUAUUAUUCGAUGCGAUUGUCAAAAAAUAAAAAGGGCUCCUGAAAUAGACAUCAACCAC